CGUGAAGGCUAUUACUGCUAUCAUGGCUGACCUCUAAUGAAGAGAGUAUUUGAGCUGAAUUUGACAUUUUCUCUCAAAGUUUGUGCGACGUUCGCCUGAAGACUUUUGCCGUGGACUUUGGGCUAGAACUUAGUGUUUUUUUGUCACGAGCUUACGCAGAACUUCAUCGAGAAAGAAAUUAUUCAUUUGACCAACGGUACCUACGGUAAAAGCGAUCUGAUGUAUCGACUCGCCUCGCCUGAAUCACCUCUGACAGCCAUCUUUUUCAUCUUCCUCACCAUCGGUGUGAAAGCUCUACCCUCGGGAGAGUACAACACAGGAACACCCUCAACAGCUCCUAGUCUAAAGGAUGGCAAAACGUACCCAAUCCCCAGAAGUUACGAGAGCCAAGUGGGGAAUACUAACUAUGGAGGUAACGUUAAUACAGAAGGGAGUAACAACCUAGCUGGGAAUGAAAACCUGAUUCGAAAUCAGAACGCAGCAGGAAACCUGAACAGGGCAGGAAAUAACAACAUGGCAGGAAAUAACAAUUCUGCCGGUAAUAAUAACAGAGCUGGGAGUGGUAACGAAGCGGGGAACGGUAACUCUGCAGGAAAUGGUAACAAAGCAGGAAAUGGAAACUCCGUGGGUAACAGUAACAAAAUUGGGGUUGGAGACACCAUAGGGAGUGAUAACGAAGUCGCAAAUAAUAACGAAGUUGGGGGUGGAAACUCAAUAGGAUCAGGCAACCAAGUGACUGACAAUUAUAAAACCCAAAAUGGUAACAACAAAGUUUCUAAUAACGAUGUGGUGAUUAAAAAUGGUCAAGGUAAAGUUAAUGUUAUUGAAGGGGUGAAUGAAGGCACUGUAAAUAUGGGUUCCCCUACGGGUAGUAACAAUAUGCUUGGAACUAAUAAUCUGUUAGGAUAACUGCGUGAUCGGGGGUACAUGGUUAUGUUUUGUUAAGUUAGGUUCAUAGCAUAUUAGCCACGUUUGUGUAAGUCGGUGCACAAUUUUUUUAUAAUUAUGGUUAUUAUCUUACCAAUGCCACUGCUAUUGAAACUUGUCAUUAGCAUAACUUAAGUUUCUCAGAAUAUCCCCUGACGCUCCAUUCUUAACCAUGUAGCAGAUAUAAGUUUGGCGUGUGUCAAAACUUACAGUGUUUUUAGUGAAAUAAAAGAAAAGAGAAAAAACCCUCCAACUCCUCAAUCUCAAUUCUCUCAAUCUUCAAUCUCUAAGGUGUUGAAUUCAGAUGUGAUAUUCAACGCAUAAUACAUAUUUUCGGUUAUAUUUCUGAUACCAUAAUAUCCUGAAAUUUAACAGUUCGGACAAAAAGUAAAUAAAAUUUAUGCACAUACCCUUUGUGAGCGCGGAUAUUAUAUUUCCAUUUACUCCCACUGCUCGUAAAAAUUGUAAAGCUAAAUUUGAGGAAAUUUGAUGGUAUCUCCAUUUUAAAGUUAAAUUAAGAAACACCUAUAAAAUUGCAGCUUCACUUUUCAGAUACGCUGAAUUGCAGCAUGCUUUAUUUUUAGUUUUGUACAAUGUUAUGUUUCAUAAAUAAAUAUUGUACCUAAAUGUU